GUAUAUAAAGACGUGAGCAGGCCGCUGCUCUUCCUUUUCCUGAAGACCAGACGAGUCGGUGUGUCUGCGCUUCCUGACUCACCGCUGUUCGCUUCAUAAACACGAAUAAGUCGGUCAGGAAUACACAAUCAUGGCAUUCAAAGACAGUGGCAAAGCUCCUGUUGAGCCUGAGGUGGCCAUUCACCGCAUCCGGAUCACCCUCACCAGCCGCAACGUCAAGUCACUUGAGAAGGUGUGUGCUGAUCUGAUCCGGGGUGCUAAGGAGAAGAGCCUUAAGGUGAAGGGGCCUGUGCGCAUGCCCACCAAGACCUUGCGCAUCACCACCCGUAAGACCCCUUGUGGAGAGGGUUCCAAAACCUGGGACAGGUUCCAGAUGAGGAUCCACAAGCGCCUCAUUGACCUUCACAGUCCAUCUGAGAUCGUCAAGCAGAUCACCAGCAUCAGCAUCGAGCCUGGUGUCGAGGUGGAGGUUACCAUCGCAGAUGCGUAAACUGCUUUGAGUUGCCAGAUUGAGCUGCUCUGAUCAUGACAGCACAAUAAAGAGAGAGAGUGGA